AUGAGAAAAACCCUACUGAAAUCCCUCUACCCCAUCGCAACCAACAGACCUCACUCUUCGUCCAUAAAUGGCAGAAGAAAGAUUAAUCACCCACUUCACAAUUCAUCAAAACCCGACCCGAAUCCACUUCCCAUCUCAAACUCCAGAUGGGUUUUCACCACAACCGCACCCCCACCACCGGAAUGGGUUCAACCCAUCAACGACACCUCCGAUCUCAUCACACUACACCCCAAACCUUCACCAUGGGUUGACCAGAUCCUCAAUCUUUUAAACGACGAUUCAUCCCAAAUGGAACCCAAAUUGGAUGAGUUUUGUCGCAUAUGGUUCAUCAGAUUAUCACCCAAUUUCGUUUCCUACAUUCUUAGUUCUAGUCGGGUCAAAAACCAGCCCGAAUUGUGCCAUCGGUUCUUCAAAUGGGCAGGUAAGCAAAAGGGUGGUGGAUACACUUACUCUCAUAAUCUUGAAUCUUAUGCUUUCUUGAUUGAUGUUUUAUCUGUUUCUAAAGAUUUAAAUAGGGUUAAAUCUGUGUUCAUUGAGCUUAAACAAAAGGGUUUCUUGAUGAACAUAAAGUCUACAAAUUUAUUGAUCAAAUCAUUUGGGAAUCUCGGAAUGGUUGAAGAAUUAUUAUGGGUAUGGAAACAAAUGAAAGAAAACGGCAUCGAACCCAGUUUGUUUACUUUCAAUUUCUUGUUAAACGGUUUGGUUAAUUCAAUGUUCAUCGAAUCAGCCGAACAAGUUUUUGAAGUUAUGGAAACUGGGGCCAUUAAACCCGAUACUGUAACAUAUAACACAAUGAUCAAAGGGUAUUGUAAAUCCAGAAACACAAAGAAAGCCAAGGAGAAAUUUACAAAAAUGGAGGAAAAGAACAUAGAACUCGAUAAGAUCACUUAUCUAACUUUAAUCCAAGCUUAUUAUUCAGACAACGAUUAUGAUUCUUGUUUGAAACUUUACAACGAAAUGGAAGAAAAAGAACUAGAAAUCCCACCACACGCUUAUAGUUUAGUAAUUGGAGGUCUUUGUAAAGACGGAAAACCAAUGGAAGGUUAUAUGGUUUUUGAAAACAUGAUCCGAAAGGGGCGUAAAGGUAAUCUUGCUAUUUACACCGCUUUAAUGGACGGAUAUGCGAAAGCCGGACAUGUAAAUGAGGUGAUACGAAUUUUCGAGAGGCUAAAUAAUGACGGUUUUACCCCUGACGAGGUCACUUACGGUGUAAUUGUGAACGUUUUAUGUAAAACCGGACGAUUAUCGGAGGCGUUACAAUAUUUUAAUUUAUGUCGCGAGAAUAAAAUCGCGAUUAAUUCGAUGUUUUAUUCGAGUUUAAUCGAUGGAUUCGGGAAAUCCGGGAAAUUAUUAGAAGCCGAAAAGUUAUUCGAAGAAAUGGUUGCCAAUAAAAUUACUUGCGAUUCGUAUUGCUAUAACGCGAUUCUUGAUGCGUAUAUGAAGAACGGGAAGAUCGAUGAGGGAUUGUCGGUUUUUGAAAAGAUGGAAAUCGACGGUUGUAAUCGAACGGUGUACACGUACACAAUCGUAAUGGAUGGAUUAUUUAAAAAACAUAGAAACGAAGAAGCUUUAAAGAUUUGGGAUUUGAUGAUUGAUAAUGGAGUAACACCGAGUUCGGGUUCGGUUAGGGUUCUUUUGACCGGGCUUUGUUUAUCGGGUAAAGUGGGCCGGGCGUGUAGGAUUUUGGAUGAGUUGGCACCAAUGGGGGUAGUUGUGGAAACGAGUUGUGAAGAUAUGAUUAAUGUUUUGGUCAAAGCGGGUAGAGUUGACCAAGCGUGUAAAUUGGCGGAUGGGAUUGUGGAUAGAGGGAGAGAGAUACCCGGGAGGGUUCGUACGGUUUUGAUUAAUGCUUUGAGAAAAGUUGGGAAUGCUGACAUGGCGAUGAAGUUGAUGCGUAGUAAGAUUGGGAUCGGGUAUGAGAGGAUGGGUACGAUUAAGAGGCGUGUGAAGUUUAAGGUGCUUGUUGACAAGUGA